AUGUACAUUGAACCUUGGAAGGGAUUUCCGAGGAUAUAUCCGUCAUGGAUCACAGGAGCUAACUUCACUGGCCGUCAUCAAAAGUCAACUCCUCAACGACGUAAAUCUAUCCAGACAAACGGACACGCCCCCAGGCCGCAAACCCCAGAACCAGAACCAAACCACAAGGUCAAAAAUGAGCCUAACGACCGCGAGACGCCGCCGCAGAUUCAGCCUCCGAGUCAUAAUAAGUCUCUAGUAGACUGUCCAGGUCGGACUCGGGCAAUCGGAUCACUCAAGGCAUACCUCGCGCGUAUCGUCAUGCAUGGCAUUGAAGAUGCAAGGGCUCUCAACCCAGUAUCCCCCGACAGGGACGGGGACGAGGACGCUCCCUUUCAGGAAAUGGCUGUCGACUUAAUCACAGAUGGCCUGGUCAGUAGCUGGAUUGGUAUACUCUCCAGUACUGUUUUGAUGAGCGUGAAUGAUACGGUGGAUAGAUAA